ACGGUGCUGGCCUUCCUCCUUCUCCUCGAGGGAGGCAUGUUCUCAUCACCUGCGCCACCCACAGGCCUGCUGGAGAAGCUGUUCCAGUACAUCGACCUGCAUCAAGAUGAGUUUGUCCAGACACUUAAGGAGUGGGUGGCCGUGGAGAGUGACUCCGUUCAGCCUGUGGCCCAUCUCCGGCAAGAAAUCUUCAGAAUGAUGGACAUGGCUGCAGACAAGCUCCAGCGCCUGGGAGCCAGUGUGGACUCUGUGGACAUGGGCUCUCAGCAGCUGCCUGAUGGGCAGACUCUCCCCGUGCCGCCCAUCAUCCUGGCCGAGCUGGGCAAUGACCCGAAGAAGCCCACCAUCUGCUUUUAUGGCCACCUGGACGUGCAGCCAGCCCACAAGGAGGAUGGGUGGCUGUGGGACCCCUACACGCUGACGGAGGUGGACGGGAAACUGUAUGGACGAGGAGCAACAGACAACAAAGGCCCGGUCCUCGCGUGGAUCAACGCCGUGAGCACCUUCAGGGCGCUGGAGCAGGACCUCCCUGUGAACGUGAAGUUUGUCAUCGAAGGGACGGAGGAGGCCGGCUCUGUGGGGCUGGAGGAUGUCGUCAGAAGGGAGAAGGACCGCUUCUUCUCCAGUGUGGACCACAUCGUCAUUUCUGAUAACCUGUGGAUCAGCAGGCAGAAGCCGGCCCUCACCUACGGCACCCGUGGGAACAGCUACUUCACCGUGGAGGUCAAGGGCAGAGACCAGGACUUCCACUCGGGGACCUUCGGGGGCAUCCUCCACGAGCCAAUGGCGGACCUGGUCGCUCUUCUGGGAAGCCUUGUCAACUCCUCUGGUCACAUUCUGGUCCCGGGAAUCUAUGACAGCGUGGCUCCACUCACUGAAGAGGAGAGAAAACUGUAUGAGACCAUUGACCUGGACCUCAGAGAGUACCAGAACAGCACCCAGGUGGAGAAGUUUCUCUUCGACACCAAGGAAGAAGUUCUGAUGCAUCUGUGGAGAUAUCCCUCUCUUUCUAUUCAUGGCAUUGAAGGCGCGUUUGAUGGACCCGGAACUAAAACAGUCAUACCUGGCCGAGUCACGGGGAAGUUCUCCAUCCGCCUGGUCCCUCACAUGAACCUGUCUGUGGUGGAGAAGCAGGUAACACAACAUCUUGAGGAUGUCUUCUCCAAGAGAAACAGUCCCAACCAGAUGGCUGUUUCCAUGGUGCUGGGGAUGCGCCCUUGGAUUGCAAAUAUUAAUGACACUCAGUACAUGGCAGCAAGGAGAGCAGUAAAAACGGUGUUCGGAACAGAACCAGACAUGAUCCGGGAUGGGUCAACCAUUCCAGUUGCCAGGAUAUUUCAGGAUGUCAUCCAGAAGAGUGUGAUGAUGCUCCCACUGGGGGCUGUUGAUGAUGGAGAACAUUCUCAGAACGAGAAGAUCAACAGGUGGAACUACAUAGAAGGGUCCAAAUUAUUUGCUGCCUUUUUCCUAGAAAUGGCUAAAAUGCAUUCAUGA